UUUCAACAAGUCUUAGGUACUUGUCAAUUCUUAGUGGAUGGCAAUUAGGACCAGUUUUAUUAAAAUCUUCAAGUACGCAGUUGUCUUUAUAACAAAGGGUAAAAUGCAUUUUAGAUUUGUUUUCAAUUGUUCGAUGAUAAUGGAGAAAAUGGAGAAAAUGGGCAAAUGAAUUGGAGUUGGACACAAAAAUUAUAAAGCAAGAUCAUUAUUUGUUCUAGUUAUAAAUAAGCUAGUAGAAGCUAUAAAUACAAUGUAUAAAGAGCUGUAGGCGCUAAAUGGUGCUCUCGUUGUAGUCAUAAGGUUUUGUUAUUACGAAGUCCACAAUGGAAGAGACCAUUUCAGUGUUAUUUAUACUGAACGUUCUUACUGUGGUAUAUGGAGUGUGUGAUAGAAAUGCUAUAUCCAACUGUAUAUUGGCUCUCCAACCUUUGUCCAAUACGGAGUCUUUGCCUGAUGCACACUCAGUUUGCAAACUUGUUUCAACAUUCAAAACCUGCAUAGCUCCACACAAAGCUGCCUGUGAAGGUGAUGACGUCAUGUUUGGUGUAAAUUCCAUAGAGACAUCAGUAUUCUCACUUUGUGGGGAAAACAAAGCAGAAGAUGAUUGUAGCUUAGAUAAGAUCAUGGAAUGUACCCAACUCUUUGUUGGACAAAACCUGAAUUCCUUGGAGCAUUACCCAACGGAACAUCAACUAGAGAAAAUAUGCUCAGUGAUGGACGUGUUUAAUGAAUGUACAGGGCCUGUCAUGGAAUGUGCCAAUAUUACGAAAGAAAUACCUCAAUUUGACCAAUACAGAAAGGGGUUGAGAACUGUCAGAGACAUCUCAAACUUUGUAUGUGGUGAUAACUUCCGAACAGGAUAUAUAAAAUUUGGGAAGGAAUGUUUUGAAUCCGAGAGAUACAUCAAAGCUGCAAGAAACUGUCAAAAUCAAUAUGUGGAAGAAGAACCAAUAAUUGAAGCAGAAUCCCAAUCACCAGUAAAUACAGUGUGCAAAAAGAUCCAUGGUAUGUUCGAUUGUGUUGGUAAUGUUAUUCGACGUUUGUGCUCCCAGGAUGCAUUCGAGUUUUUUGAUUGGACAAAAAUCAAGUAUAUCGAUAUCAUUUCCAGAACAGUCAACUGCCCACUCUCAGGAACUACCCAGACAACAGCUGUACAGCCUGAUGGAAGAUCGGCUAAUAUUAAGUCUUCACAGUUAAAUAACGGAUCCACUCAUUCAGUUAUCACAUAUAUUUGGACUGGUUGUUUGCUUCUGUUAUGGUUUGCAAUAUAAAACUAUAAAACCGUCAAUGCUUUCAGUUUGAUGCAAAACGGUAUCAAAUAAAUCUUUGUUAAAUAAAUCUUAACGUCACCACUUUUGACAAAGGAGUUAAGUAAACAGUAUUGAGCGUAACCUUGAAGUAUGAAUACACAAUUAUUAUCAAAUACUCAAAGAAAUGUUUUUAAACUGUUAUCGAAAUAUCCUUACACUGUUUGGAUAUAUUCUUGGUAAGUAUCAUUAAAUGCAGACAUUUUGAAAACAUCGAUUUGUUUUGGAACUAUUAUGUUACAACUCUCUCGAGAAAGCUAUUGUUCUUGUUCCUUUUUGUUUGUACAUAGCCCCUCAAAUAUUCAUAUAUUCUUGGCACUCAUAUUAUAGUUGUCUAUGCUACUGCUGAAGGUAUAUCUGGAUAAGAGCUUUGGACACGCCAAAAUGUAAAUAGAUCUUCUCUUAGACGUAAUUUUGACAUAUCGUGUGAACUUUUAGUGUAAUUGGCUUGCUAAAGCAUUAUCAUUUAUCGAUUAUCUCAAAGAUUUACGAAGGAAAUUUCGAGAGAAACAGUAUGUGUUACAAUAGUUGUUCUCGUUUUUUAUUAGGAGUAGACCGUUGCUUUUCGCGUUUUAAUGGUUUUACAUUGAUCAUUUUGAGGGCCAUUUAUACCUUUCUGUUUGGUGUAAGCCAAUGCUCCAUGUUUUAGACCCUACUUUGACCUCAUGCAAGCUCUGAUUCCUUUCACGGUUUUGGCUUUACUUUUUGGACCUUUUGGAUUAUAGCUGUUCAUCUUUUAUAUAAGCUUUGGAUUUCAAACAUUUUGGCCACGAGCGUCACUGAAGAGACAUGUAUUGUCGAAAUGCGCAUCUGGUGCAGGAAAAUUGGUACCGUUAAUGUUAUUGACCUAUAAUUGUUUAUUUUUACAAAUUUUGAUUUGGAUCGAGAGUUGUUACAUUGACACUCAUACCACAUCUUCCUAUAUCUAUUAAGUUAGAAUAUGAAUAUUUGUCUCUCUCGACAUGUCAAGAAAUGAAACAGAAAUGAUGUCAAUAAUUUAAUAACAAAAUGAUGAUAUGAUGUAGAGACAAUUUCUGUUAAGAGCGCACAUAGACCAAGUCUGCUAAUACACAUGUAACAAUUCCACACAUAAUAUUGCAUGUACGUAAUAUAUGAUAAUUAAAUAAUGUGUUGUUGUAAAAAUAUAUAAAUGUAUAAUAAAAUUAUUUGAAAGUA